AUGGAAGAUUUUCAUUUAAAUCCAAUAUACAGCGAAUGCAUAAUAAAUAAACGUGGUGUUGAAAACUAAUCUGAUUUAUAAGAGUAUAAAAAGUUUUAAAAAAUUUAUAAAUUUUAUUUGGAAAUAUUUGGCUUAAUUAGUACUCAAUAUACAUCUUCUUAAAUGAAAGUAAGUUUAAAUGGAGUUGAAAUAACCAAAUCACUUGAUGCUUGUAAUGGUGCUUUAUGUUAUUCUUUCAAGUAGUAAGAUCUAUUAAACUCAUAUGAUUUAAAUUUAAUUCUUUAUCCAUUGAAUUCACCCUCUGAAAAAUAUUAAUAGUAUAUAUAAGGAACUUUUCUUAUUGUUUAACUUUGCUCGCCUUAUUGUGAUGAAUGUGAUUAAGACAACGUAUGCUCAAAAUGUAUUGAAAAAUAUUAUCUUGACUCUUCUGGUAGCUGUUAGCCUUGCGAUUAAACUUGCUUAAACUGCUCUGGACCUUCAAAUGAAAAUUGUUUAUCUUGUGUUUCAGGGUUGUUUUUUUAGCAGAAAUCAAGUUCAUGUGUCUAAAAUUGUGAUUAAAAUUAAUAUCGAGACUCUUAAAAUGUAUGUUAAUUAUGCCAUCAAUCAUGUGCAAUUUGCUAAGGAGCAGGACCAAACAAUUGCUUAUCUUGCUAAUUAGGUUUAUACAUGUAACCUAUUACACAUUCAUGUGUGUAAACUUGUGAUUAAAAUUAAUAUCGAGACUCUUAAAAUGUAUGUUAAUUAUGCCAUCAAUCAUGUGCAAUUUGCUAAGGAGCAGGACCAAACAAUUGCUUAUCUUGUUAAUUAGGUUUAUACAUGUAACCUAUUACACAUUCGUGUGUUUAAACUUGUGAUUAAAAUUAAUAUCCAGACUCUUAAAAUAUAUGUUAAUUAUGUGAUCAAUCAUGUGCAAUUUGCUAAGGAGCAGGACCAAACAAUUGCUUAUCUUGUUAAUUAGGUUUAUACAUGCAACUUAUUACACAUUCAUGUGUUCAAACUUGUGAUUAAAAUUAAUAUCCAGACUCUUAAAAUAUAUGUUAAUUAUGCGAUCAAUCAUGUGCAAUUUGCUAAGGAGUAGGACCAAACAAUUGCUUAUCUUGUUAAUUAGGUUUAUACUUAUAACCUAUUACUCAUUCAUGCGUUUAAACUUGUGAUUAAAAUUAAUAUCUAGACUCAUAAAAUAUAUGUUAAUUAUGUGAUCAAUCAUGUGCAACUUGCUAAGGUGCAGGACCAAACAAUUGCUUAUCUUGUUAAUUAGGUUUAUAUAUGUAACCUAUUACACAUUCAUGUGUUUAAACUUGCAAUUAAAACUAAUUCAUAAAUGCAUAAUAACAGUGCUAAUUAUGUGAUCAAACUUGUAGCAGUUGUGAUGGAGCAGGACCAAAUAGUUGCUUGUCCUGUAUACCUGGAUUAUAUUAUUAGCCAAAUAAAAAAUAAUGUGUUUAGAAUUGUGAUUUAAAUUAAUUUAUUAAUUCUUUAAAUCAGUGUUAACCCUGUGAUUAAUCUUGCGCAAGUUGUGAUGGGUCUUCUUCUAAAAGCUGUUUAUCAUGCCCUUAAAAUAGCUUUUUGUUUAAUAAGAUGUGUGUAGGUAUUUGUCCAAAUGGAUUUUAAUCAAAUCUCAUUUCACUUACUUGCGAUUAAUGUUAAAAUUAUAUGGAUCCUAAAUGCAAUUCUUGCCAUCCUAGUUGCUAGUUAUGCAAAUUCUCAUAGGCUAAAGACUCUUAAUGCAACAGCUGCUUCUCAGAAACAAGAUUAUUAGAUUCAAAUAACAAUUGCAAUUGCUUAAAUCCAAAAGAUUAAAGAAAUAAUUUUUAUUAAUGUAGCUAUCAAAAUAUUGCUGUACUUGACAUUCAAUUAAGCUCAACAAAACCACUGCUAAUUAUAGAUUUUGGUUCACCUUUAAAAGGUAUAUCAGUAGAUACAUCUUUUCUUAUAUGUUAAUAAAUAUUUGAUCAGCCCACUUUGAUUUUACUUGGUUCAGAUUCAUUGUGCCAAAUAACUGGAAAUCAAGUUUAAGUAAAUUUAGGUGAUUCUUCAAUAAUAAUGGCAAAUAAUAUUGUUAAUUUUUUACCUAAUAAACUCUAAUUUGAAGACUAUAAUAUGUAUUUUAUAAAUACUUUCUAUAGAAAUAUUGUUUUCUAGAAUGAUCCUGGGAUUCCUUUGCUUAAUUUUAAUUACAACCCUAAUGAAAACAGCUGCAAUCCUUUAAGUAUAGCUCUUUAAAAUAUACAAAAUGAUGCAGGUAGAAAAUUUUUAAAUAUAAAUUGGACUUUAGUGCAAGUUAUAGGAACAAUGAGUGACAAAUAGAUAUAAAACAUCAAAAAAAUACUGUAACAAGCAAGCUAAGAUAUGGCCACAAGUAUAAAUAUUGAUCCCAAAUAUAUCCCUUCAAAUUAAAAUAUUGCAAUACAAUUUAAUUAUUAGCUUAAAGUUAACAAAGCAGGCUCUUAAUUAUUUACAAUAAAUUACUAAUAAUCAAAAUAUAUUAAAAUCAUCUUUUAGUAAUCAGUAUAUCCUCCUAUAUAUAGAUACAUGAGCUUGAGUUUCUACUUUUAAUUUUAUAUUGAAAUAUGCGAGCUAGGUUUAAUCACUUACAAUAACGAGCCUGUUGAUUUACAACUAAUUUCUAACCAACUUCAAU